AUGUAUUCGUCCUCGUCACCGACGGCGAUAACGAAAGCAAAGAAACAACAACCGAAAGAGGACAAGACGGAAGGAGGAGGAGGAGGGGAGUAUAAUCCAGAAAAGACUGCCAUUGUAGACGGGAAGAAAUACCGCAAGUGCGCGUGCGCCAUCGUCUUCAACGACUCUGGCUCGCACGUUUUAGUCGGCGAACGCGCCGGGAAGAGUGGGUCCUGGAAUUUACCCCAAGGCGGGAUGGAACCGAAAGAAACCACCGCCGAGGCGGCGACGAGAGAGCUGUACGAAGAGACUGGGAUAUCCUUAGAUUCCUCGAAGAAUAAAAAGAAUAUCCAAGUAGAGUUAUUGUCUGUCUUAGAGAAUGACGACGCGUAUGCGUACAGCGCAGGUGGGUGGUUAGAAAAGAAAGGGUUGGCCGGACAACGGUUAGAGUUUGCAGUAUUUCGAUGUAAAACGUCAGCCGAUCCCAUGGAAUUUGUAAACUUGGAAGGGUUGGACGGCGAACCGGCGGAGUUCACGCAGAUGAAGUGGAUGUCUUUGGAUGAGUGCGUUGAGAGCGUGUGGGAGGCGAAGAAGAAAGCGUACGAGAAAAUGCGAGUGAACGUCGAACCAAUCGUUCGGAAGCAUUUUUAUUAG